AUAAUAAAUAUUUAUGUGGCGUUCUUGUUGAAAUGUAUGAAUUAAAAUAUGUUGAUUGUAUAAUAUAUCUACGGAUUCUUAAAAUUGAUGAAAUAUUAAGCUUCAAUGAUGAACAUUCAAAAAUAAUAUAUGAAAUAUAUGAUACUGAUAAUCCAGACCUUCCAGUAGUUACGACUGUUGAUGAAUUACAAGAGUAUACAAAUUACGUUACACAGAUUUUCACUGAUACAAACGAAACAAUUAUUGAUUGGAAAGAAUACCUUACAAUUAUAUUUAUGGACGUGAAAAAUGUAACAUUGGAUUUUGAAACUGAUUUAAUUCAAAUAUAUAAUUUUGAAUAUUUUGAAGCACUAUUCAAAUUAAUAAUGUCCAAACUUGUCAUGUCAUCAAUAUAUGGUGGGAAGCUGUUCGCACUCUUUUGCCAUACACUACGAAUGAAAUGCGAUUCUUGAAAGACAGAUUUUUAUACGAAACAAGUGGAUUUGAAAAUAAUCCUUCAAGAUCACUAUAUUGUGCAAAUGCUGUAAACACAAUGAUGGGAAUGGCCGUUUCCCGUUUAUUAUUAGACAUAGAACAAAUAUAUCAUAAUAUGAAAAUGGUAUUAAACUUUAAAUUAUUAAUUUCUUGCAUACACUUAUAGUCGUACUUAAACGGACAUACGGAAUCUGAAUAAAGUUCAGAAUCAUUUUCUGAGAUUUGUUAAUUUACCGGAUCAAUGUUUCCCACCCGCCCCACGACUAUGGUCAAAUCAGCAAUGGGUCUGGUAAGGUGUAUCAGUAUCCGAAUGUCGUAAUAUCUCCAUUUGUAGUUUUAUCAAUGCUGGGACUAUUAAAUGAAAUAUUGACCAGCCCGUUUGUUAGAAUGACUCAAUAUUUUGGUUCCUGGUAGCACCAGAUUUAAGGGAAUAUUUUACUUACCAGUUAACCAUACUAAUUGGGCUAAAAUGUCUGGACUGAUCAGAAUGAUAUCAAAAGCCAAUAGCAAUGUGUUAUUUUUUCGUACAACGGCUAUCUUCAAUGCUUCACAUUAUACAUUUAGUUAUAGGUGAUUGACUGUAAACUGAUUGUAAAAUUAGUUUUAUAUGUUAUACAAAUUAAUUUUUUUUAUAUCUUACUUUUGCUUAUCUUAAAAUUGUUAAUUUUAUUAACUUUGUUUAUAUUGGUCCAAAGAAUCGUUUGACGUUUAUUCUAAUAAAUAAAUAAAAUUUAAAAAAGCGUAUAAGUGGAUGUCGCUCUGCUGUACAAUAGGUUAAAAACUUAUGAUUGUAAUGGAAGUGUUAAAUUUAAAUUUAAUGAUAGAAAAUCAUUGUAUACGAAAACUAUUCUAAACAAAUACGUUCUGUCA